GAAGUGGAGGAGGCGAGGUCGAUAUGUCGUAGUGUUUGAAGUAAACAGAUCAUGUGUGUUCUAUGUAAACAUACAUGAUAAAGAUGUUUUAUCCGGAGAAUGGUCAGCUGCAGCACAAAUCUUUACCUGUUUAACGGACCUGAGAAAAAGACAAAAAACGGAAAUAUAAAAACAGAACAAGGUCCACCUGUCAACCAAUCAGCUGCAACCUCUCUCUGAACCCCGGUGUGAUGGCGGGGCGUGGCCAUGGGCGAGGCCGCAGGAUGAUGAGUUUUAGCGUGGAGGCUGUCGGAAUCAGCAGAGCAGACAGUUUACCUGCCUCCAUCCAGCAACCCACACCUGUUUACCCUGUGAUGGAACAAAAGCCCCUCCCCCUGACAGGUGGUGAGGAGGCGGAGUAUCUGUUGGCUCUGAAGCAGGAGUUCAGAGGAGCCAUGAGGAGUCUGCCCUGUUUCAUCCAACCAGCCGCUCCGCAAAAAGAUGUGGAGAGAUACUCCGAUAAGUACCACAACGGAGAGCAGACAGAUCACCUGAUCCAGUGGACGCCUGACUGGAAGAGACUCCCUAAAGAGCUGCGAGUCCAUGUCAAGAGACGGCGAACACAAGGUGUUGCUGUGGAAGCACACUGCACUGAUGGCGUUCAGGCUGAUCAAAAGAAGAAGAAGAAAAAGAAAAAAAGUGGCUCUGAGAAAGAGGAGGUGCUGCUCACACUAGAGACUCUGGAGAAGAAGGAGAACCAGGAGAGCUCAGAGGAGGAGGAGGAGGGUGACAACAAGAAGAAACAGGAGGAAGAGGAGGCUGAAGGAGAGGAGGAGUACGACGAAGAGGAGUUUGAGGAGGAGACGGAUUACAUUAUGUCCUACUUCGACAACGGGGAGGAAUUCGGAGGAGACAGCGAUGACAACAUGGAUGAAGCGAUUUACUAAAGAACGGACAGAAAUAUGACUAUCAGAAACCGUCCAGUUUUUUUAAACUGAUCUGUUCAUUUACUUUAUGCUGCAGUUUUUUAAUGUUUUUAAAGUUUUUAUAUACUGUUCUGAAAAUAUUUGUAAAGAAAGGGAAUAGAAGCUGUGAGUCCAAUAAACAGCAUCUAUGUGACAGU